AUGAUGGCUGCGAGUGCCAACCCGUCAUCAGGCGGCCAUAGCAACGCUUGCAACGGCAGUACUAAUGGCGGAAAGAGUAACGGCGGCGGUAGAGAGAAUGGGAAUGGCGCCGGCGGCGUCUCAGCGGACAACCCCGUGGCGGGACCCACACAAGUGGCUCUCCGCCACAAUCCCGGCCUGUCGCUAGAUUGGACGCACGAGGAGCAGUCUAUACUCGAGGAUUUGCUGGCAAAGUCGGCUCCCGGUUCUUUUUUGUUUCAAUAUCAUAGCGUGCACACAUGA